UGGACGGCUGGAAAAGGCACAGCCGACUGACACGUCGCAAAGCGGGGCGGGGAGGCGGUCCCCUCCCCCGGCAGCGGGCGCAGGGGCGGGGGCUCCGGACGCAGCCUGCUGCUCCCUAAGCAGCGUGAGGGGCACGGGCGGGUUGCCGUGCGGCUCGGUCAGCCGACCACUGUGCACUCCUGCGCACGGCAGAUGCUGAGGCUCCGAUACUGUGGCCCCUCAUGCGAAGACCUGACUCUCGGGAAGAGCCCCUGAUGCUGGGAGGGACCGGGGGCAGGAGGAGAGGGGACGACAGAGGACGAGACGGCUGCAUGGCAUCACCUACGAGUCCGAGUAAACUCCCGGAGCUGGUGAUGGCCGGGGAGGCCUGGGUGCUGCAGUCCAUGGGGUCGCCAAGAGCCGGACACGCCUGAGCGACUGCAGUGACUGGACGCGCCAGACGUCCCGCGCACGACGGGGCAGGAAACCCCCGCGAACUACGAGAGCGGCAGAGGCGCGGAGCCGGGAGCCGGAGCGCGCGUGAACGAGGACAGUGCCUCACCGUGUUGAAAAACUCCUUAUUUUGCGCAAAAAGUGACAUAAUGUACCGUUAAGGAGAAAAAAAAAAAGAGGACAGACCCACUGACGAGAACGAGGCGAAAAACGCGAGCGCGUGGCAAGACCCCGGAGCGCCAGGGCGCCCGGGCUCCCUCCGCUCGGCCAUGGCCCCCCUGCCGCCGUGCGGACCCCCGAGGUCGCCGCCGCCGCGGCUGCUGCUGCUGCUGCUGCUACUGAGCGCCACGCUGCUGGGCGCCCAGGCCCGCGCCGAGCCCGCCGCCGGGAGCGCCGUCCCCGCUCAGAGCCGCCCGUGCGUGGACUGCCACGCUUUCGAGUUCAUGCAGCGCGCCCUGCAGGACCUGCGCAAGACGGCCUACAGCCUGGACGCUCGGUUCCCAAGGGCUCCCCCAGACCUGGAGUGCCCCCUGGGGAUGCAUCUGGAGCCACCAGACGCCCCCGCGGCCAGCCCACCCUGGGGGGCUGGAGGAGCUGUCAGGACAGAGGGGUCCCUGAAAGAGAAGCCGGAAGAGUUGUCUAGGUGUGGGGCUCAAGGAGGCUGCGCCCAGGACGGACAGCCUCCUGCUGCAGGCUGAGCGCCGGGCCCUGUGUGCCUGCUGGCCGGCCGGGCACUGAGGACCCACCAGGACGUGCUCUCACCAAUAAAAGCCUGGUCCCCA